AUGCUAGCUCCCUCUCUCCCCACCAACAUCCCUUCUCACCUUGGUCUCAGGCUUCUCAGAGCAACCUUAAAUGUUCGAGAUUUCAACCGUGCCCGCCAACUGUUCGAUAAUAUUCUUCAACCAGAUCCCACAACUUGUUCAACUCUGAUUUCAGCUUUAACUGCUCAUGGACUUCCAAAUGAGGCCAUAAAUAUCUUCGCUUCAUUGCGGGCACGUGGGAUCAAUCCCCAGAAACCAGUGUUCUUGGCUGUUGCCAAAGCUUGUGCUGCUUCCGGUGAUGCCUUGAGAGUCAAGGAAGUUCAUGCUGAUGCGGCUCGGUGUGGGGUGACGUCUGAUGUUUUUGUUGCUAAUGCAUUGAUUCAUGCAUAUGGUAAAUGUAAAUGUGUUGAGGGUGCAAGACGUGUUUUUGAUGAUUUGGUUGUUAGAGAUGUGGUUACUUGGACCUCGUUGUCCUCUUGCUAUGUUAAUUGUGGAUUUCCACGGAAGGGUUUGAAUGUUUUUUGUGAAAUGGGAUGGAAUGGGGUGAAACCAAAUCCGGUGACUUUGUCUAGCAUUUUACCUGCGUGCUCGGAAUUGAAAAUUUUGAAAUCGGGUAAAGCAAUUCAUGGAUUUGCAGUGAGGCAUGGGAUGAUAGAAAAUGUGUUUGUUUGCAGUGCACUUGUGAGCUUGUAUGCAAAAUGUCUAAGUGUAAGAGAAGCUCGAGCGGUAUUUGAUUUAAUGCCUCGUCGAGAUGUUGUGUCUUGGAAUGGAGUUUUAACAGCAUAUUUCUCGAACAAAGAAUAUGAGAAGGGUUUCUCCCUGUUUUUGCAGAUGAGCAGAGAUGGAGUCAAAGCAGAUGAAGCUACAUGGAAUGCUGUUAUUGGUGGAUGCAUGGAGAAUGGACGGACAGAGGAGGCAGUGGAGAUGCUUAGGAAGAUGCAAAAAAUGGGAUUUAAACCUAAUGAAAUAACAAUUAGUAGUAUCUUACCAGCUUGCUCUUUUUCAGAAAGCUUGAGAAUGGGCAUGGAGAUACACUGCUAUGUCUUGAGGCAUUGGAAAGUUGGAGACUUGACAAGCACAACAGCUCUAUUAUAUAUGUAUGCUAAAUGUGGCGACUUGAAUCUUUCAAGGAAUGUCUUCAAUAUGAUGCGUAGAAAAGAUGUUGUUGCUUGGAACACAAUGAUCAUUGCAAAUGCGAUGCACGGGGAUGGAAAAGAAGCGCUUUUUCUCUUUGAUAAGAUGCUACUAUCAAGGAUCAAGCCCAAUCCUGUUACUUUUACUGGUGUUCUAUCUGGUUGUAGCCAUUCAAGCCGUGCUGGUCACCUCAACGAGGCAUACAAGUUUAUACAGAGAAUGCCCAUGGAACCAACUGCCAGUGCUUGGGGAGCACUCCUUGGUGCUUGUAGGGUUUAUAAGAAUGUGGAGUUGGCGAAAAUUUCAGCUAAGAAACUAUUCGAGAUUGAGCCUAACAACCCUGGAAAUUAUGUUUCUUUAUUCAACAUUCUUGUUACUGCCAAACUGUGGAGCGAGGCUUCAAAAAUCAGAAUAUUAAUGAAAGAAAGAGGAAUUGCAAAAACACCAGGAUGUAGUUGGCUUCAAGUGGGAAAUAGAGUUCACACUUUUGUUGUUGGAGAUAAAAGUAAUAUGGAAAGUGAUAAACUCUAUAACUUUUUGGAUGAGUUGGUUGAGAAGAUGAAAAUGGCUGGAUAUAAGCCCGACACUGAUUAUGUUCUGCAAGAUAUUGAUCAAGAGGAAAAAGCUGAAAGUCUUUGUAACCACAGUGAGAAGCUUGCCGUUUCCUUUGGGAUACUUAAUUUGAAUGGACAGUCGACAAUACGGGUUUUUAAGAAUUUGAGAAUCUGUGGUGAUUGUCACAAUGCCAUUAAGUAUAUGUCUAAGGUUGUUGGUAUUGUGAUUGUUGUCAGAGACUCCUUGAGGUUUCAUCACUUCAAAAAUGGAAAUUGUUCUUGUAAAGACUUAUGGUGA